UGUCGACCAGGCAGGCCCAGCCGCCGCCCAGGCGCAGCCACCGCAGCCACCACCUACCGGAACAUGGGGCGCAAGGCGAGCCCCGGGGCGCAGGAGCGCGUGGACGAGGAGGCGCGGACCUGCUGCGGCUGCCGCUUCCCGCUGCUGCUGGCGCUGCUGCAGCUGGCUUUGGGCAUCGCGGUGACCGUGCUGGGCUUCCUCAUGGCGAGCAUCAGCCCCUCCCUGCUAGUCAGAGACACUCCGUUCUGGGCUGGGAUCAUUGUCUGCGUGGUGGCCUACCUUGGACUGUUCAUGCUCUGUGUUUCAUACCAAGUUGAUGAGAGGACAUGUGUCCAGUUUUCUAUGAAAGUGCUCUACUUCCUGCUGAGCGCCCUGGGCCUGGUGGUCUGCACGCUGGCGGUGGCCUUUGCCGCCCACCACUGCUCCCUGCUUGCCCAGUUUACCUGUGAGAGCUCUCUGGAUUCUUGCCUGUGCAAACUGCCUUCCUCGGAGCCUCUCAGCAGGACCUUUGUGUACCGGGAUGUGGCCGACUGUACCAGCAUCACGGGCACUUUCAAACUGUUCCUAAUCCUCCAGAUGGUCCUCAACCCGCUCUGUGGCCUUGUGUGCUUGCUGGCUUGCUUUGUGAUGUGGAAACACAGGUACCAGGUCUUUUAUGUGGGUGUUAGGCUGCGCUCCCUGAUGGCUUCUGAUGCUCAACCACAAAAGGCCUAAGAGCUUGGCUCAGGGGUAGAGAGGCAGAAACGGAACCCUGACUGGCCAAGGUGAAAAAAAUGCAAUUUUCUAAAGGCAAACUUUUGAAAACAAAUUAUUCAUUCUCUAAGGGAAUAUUUUUAGAUUUUUUUCAGAAAACAAAAGAACUUUUUUUAGAUCUCUUUGGUGCACUUUAAAAUGUUCUUGUGAGGACAGGGUGGAGAGAUGGCUCACAGGUCCUCCUGAGAGGACCUAAGUUCAAGUUCAGUUUCAGAACCCAAGUUGGGUGGCUCACACCUCCCUGUACCUCCAGUUCUGUGGGCAUGGGGUACCCCAUACACAUACAAACACAUGCCCAUAAUUUUUAAAAAAGACUUAUUUUUUUAAAGUUUUUUUAUGAGAAACAAGAUUCAGAAUGAUUCAACAAACCCUGAAAGGAAUAGAAUUGACAGAGGAGGGCGGAGCUACCGGGAUCUCGUGCUGCCCUGGGGGCUUCCUCCUCCCGUGCCGCCCUAGGGGGCUUCCUCCUCCCGUGCUGCCCUCGGGGGCCAGGGGCUUCCUCCUCCCGUGCUGCUCUUGGGGGCCGGGGGGCUUCCUCCUCAGUCUUUCAUCCCUGACUUUCAGCCUCCUUUCCUGUCUGUCCAGUGUGAAGUGUGAACUGGUGUGUAAGGCCGCUUCCUAGACCAUAGAUUCUUCUAGUUCCUUCUACCACUUGCCAUUAUUCACGUGGUAUCUCCGAGAACGGUAGAGGUCUGGGGGAAGACGAAUCUCUGUGCUUUUAUUUUUCACAGCAGAGAUGUCCUUAAGGAUUGAAAUAGCUUUCUUUCUUUCUUUCUUUUUUUCUUUCUUUCUUUCUUUCUUUCUUUCUUUCUUUCUUUCUUUCUUUCUUUCUUUCUUUCUUUUAAGUAGAACAGGAAGGCUGAGUAAAUUAUAAACACCUGGGCUGAGGGGCAGCCUUCUGGCUGCCUUAGCUCUGCCCCGUGAGUGGGCCGCAGCCUCCAUGACCGUCAUCUGCAGCCUCGCUCCGUGACUGUCUACGGCCCCCAUGAUUGUCCACUUCACCUAAUUGAAAGGUGGCUCCUUUGCAUUCUUAACGACGUAGAAAGUUUAAAAAUAAUUAUAUUAUGCCUGUAGUCUGUCAUCUAAAACAAAUCAUUAAGACUAAUUUCCAGCUAAUUGUUCACUGUAAUUGGGCUCAGAAGUCUGUUUAAUGAGCCCUGGCUGUACUUAGGCAGCGCUGUUGGUGUUAAGAAAAAUUACAGCCACAAGGGAAGAUGUCGGAAGAUGCACUUUCCUGGAAGCCGACCACUGCAGAAAAGAACUUGUGAUUUACAACGUUCUGGGAGAAAAAAGCAAGAGCAUUUGUCAUAGGAAGCACACUAUUAGCGCAGUGGUGAUGUGUUGGAAAGUGUCUCCUUUGACAACCAAGCACCUUUGAUGGUGAUUGGGUAGCACUGGUGAGUGCUCUCAUAAGCUUGGCCUUCCUAUGCUGACUUUCACAGUGGACCUGGACACAAAUGUCUCGAAGUCGUUAUUUGGCAAUGUGUCCAUGUUAGAGGGUCGACUCAGUGUCAUUAGACACAGGUACUUUGUUGGGAUGGACUUUGCUGCGCUGUUGUCGUUACUAAAUUCAGAAGAGCCUUGAGGAAGGGCUCACCUGGGUAAAACCCACUAUGAAUGUCUCUCUUAGUUGAUAUCUCUAAGUUCUGGGCCAUAGUGCAGCCAAGUUUGCUCUCCAGCUUCUUGUUCAUAUACUUUGCUAGUCAGAACAUUUGCCUUAAAGGGAACAUACGUCCUCCUUUGCCCUUGAGAGUCGGUGGAGAGUUCAUGGCGGUGACAAUGGAGUCAGUCCUGUGUGACACAUCCAACUAACGGAAAGAGUUAGGCUAGUCAGCUGGGGGAUUGACUCUGUAGUUUUCUCCGGGAACACUCCUUAUGGUCUGACUUGCUUUGAGUCUGCCCUUCUCGCCUGCUGGCUCAGGUCAGGAAGGCCCAUCUGAGAGGAGAGUGGGUAAAAUCCCACCAGAGGUCUGAUCUCAACGUUACAUGAGCACAGCACUAACCCUCCAGAUACUGACCUGAAAACCCUUCCGUCUUUGUUAAGAACAACCAACUCUGCCUGGGGAGAUAGCUUGGUUUGCCAAGUGCUUGCCACCCCAGUGAGAACUGGUCCUUAGACCCAGCUAAAAAGGCCAGGCCUAGAGACAUGUGCUUGUAAUCCCCGGACAGGUAGAGACAGGUAGAUCACCAGGACUCCUGGACCAGCCAGCUUUUGUUUAAUGAUUGAAUUCUGGGUCCCGGGUAAGAGUUUGUCUCAAGAAACAGAAACAAAGAAACCAAAGUGGGCAGCUGACCUCUGGCCUCCACAUGUAUCACACACACGGUUGCACCUACGCACAUGUAAAGAAUAACUGAAUUCACAUUGACUGUGGUAGUUUUCUAUAGAAAUAGUGAAAUGAUUGGGAAUCUGGGAUCUCACAGGCCGUCCUUUCAGAACGAGGCUGCAGUCAUGUCGGCUUCUGUGCGCGGGGCACACAGGACACCUUUCACAGCUUCGACCAGCAAACCCAACAGGGUUUUUGUUUGUUUGUUUGUUCAUUUGUUUGUGUUUAAUGAGAAAAUUAAGAUCCCCACACAGUUAGGUUGCUCUAUACUUUACAAACGACUCACGGGGCAUUUUAAAGGGUAGAAUAAUUUUAGCCUGCAGGUUUCUCCUUUUCUUACAGUCAGGAGUAGGCAUGGUUCAAGUUUAUAAUAUUUUGUCUGCAUAGAAUGGGGAUUUUGCUAUGAUAUGAUCACAUUAUUCUUUACUCCCCAAAGAGGGGGGAACGUUGUACGUGCAUAGAAGGAGCAAAAGCAAAUGAAUGGAUCCCUUUGCUAAAGCGCAGUGGUACGUCUAAGAAUUGCGUUGCAUGAAUAAUAAACGGCUUUGGGCUGGAUUUGCAGUAUUUUGACAUUGUUUUGCAAAUAUUGAAGCUGCAGGAAGGGCAACAGAGAAGGAGCAGGCACACAGCUUCUCACUUAGCAAAAUGUUACACUUCCAAUCUGUCAAGGAGCCAGGAUGGUGACUGUGCCUUCCAAACCCUAAAACAGCAAGGUUUGCACAGCCCCCUCCACAAGCCUCCUUCAGGAGAAUAAAACGAAUCAAGAUUUUGCAAAGAAGAGAAACGGCCAGGACUUGGCAGCACUUGGAACACGACAGUCUGCAUGUACAGACUAACCGAGCCCACUCAACGGAUCUGUGUCUUGGUGUGACCAUCAUCUGUAGCUCCCAAGCUCCGUCCAAACUGGUGUAGGCUGCACUUGGAGCCAUGCCUGAGCCGUAGCUACUCUAAAGCCCUAGAAACGGCAGUCAAGUAGAGGCCUCACGUUCCUUUUUUGGAUGGAGAACUUAGAUGUCCUCUUGUGAGUGCCUUCCAGUGUGUUCCCGCAGCGAAUGCCGUUUUCUAUCCAUGUCCAACGCGAUCUCCGGAUUCUCUUCUGCUCCCUUCUACGUGCAGUGUACGGUACACGAUGAGAUUGCUGUAGAGACUGGAUCAACGCUCGGGGGCGUGGGGGGCAGGAAUUGGGGGGCAGUUGUGGAGCGAUCACCCAAAGACGACCAGAAAUGGACUUGAAAGCCGCCCGCCAUUUGCAGACGUGAACUGGGACCUGGUACUUGAUGGCGACCGUCUCUGACUUCUUGCUCCGUGAUCGCAUUUGUAUACACAUGCCACUGGAUUUUCCUCUGGUUAAAAACCCAUAGUGUGCUUAGCAGUGCAGUGUAAGCUCUGUCUGUGUGACGACCAGAUGCUUGGUGGUGAAGCCACCGAAAUGAGUUCACAUCUUCUGAUUUUCUUAUCUCACAUGGGUCUGAGUGUUUUGGUGCUGGGGUUUCCUUCCCUGGCCUUGAGCAACCCAAGAGUAGAAGAUGAAGUGUUUCUAUACAUUUGUUUUUAAAGGGGGUGCAUGUGUUUCCUUUAUUAAUAAACUGUUCAUAAUCCACAAAGACACGGUGUUGAGUGUGUUUUAGGGUGACCAUGUGGGACAUGUGAGCUGGUGUGUGUGAAAUUGUUUGUGUUUGCUUCGGAGACCUGGCUUAGAAACUGGAGAUCAUUGUGUUAAACAAAAUAAGGCAGGUUCAGAAAAAUUAAUACUGCCUCUGUGUGUGUGUGUGUGUGUGUGUGUGUAGCCCAAUAAAGUUCAAAGAGGACUGUAAUGGAGGAAGAAGAGAUCUUUUUUUUAAACAUCAAUAAUAAUAAACAACUUUUUAAUUUUAUUAGAGUGGUAUGCUUGAACACUAUGAACGAUCAAGCGUUGAUAAGCAUAUUUCUGCAAACAGCCAAUUUCGUACCCCUUGCCCCUCCCAUUUACUAAGAGAACAAUUUCUUCCUUUUUUUUUUAAAGCUGUUUUCACUGGUUAUGUCCUCUUGUUUAGUUUUGAAGCUUGGGCUAUCUGAGGGGCCUCUGGCAAUAGGACCAGGAUCUAUCCCUGGUACAAGAGUUAGCUUGUUAGAGCCCAUUUCCUAGGAGGGGGAUGCCAUACUGAGACUUAAUGCAGAGGGGAAGCGCUUGGCCCUGCCCCUAAUUAA